AUGAAGAACCCAACGCUUUGGCCCUCGCUCCAAAGCUUCCUGGGAUGUUCUUCGGUUCCGUCCACAACGCCCCGACGGCGGAUACCUCGAGGCCAAGAAGAUCUCCUUUGCCUGCGUGACAGAUCGGAAAGGCAAAACGUGCGCGUUAACUGUACGGUCUUGUUCGAGGGCACGCAGAACAGCGAUCUGGGGAUUCCGAAGAUCCAGACGGCGAAAUACGCUAGCACGCCCCGGUUACAGAGAGUGGAUUUUGAGCGAUUUACGGAUCUUAGGACGUUGGACUUUACAGUGACCCAGGCUGGGGAGGAUGACAAGUUCGGAUGUCACGUUGCUCUUGGACAAUUUUUGGGCGUGUUGUUAGCACAGCUGGUGUUGUGA